UCUACAUCGCUUUCUCACGUCUCUGGUAGUUAAUUCCCAUUCUCACAUCACAAACCUAAACUAUCAUAUACUUUUCUUCAAACUCUUCAAUUACUAUACGGAACUAUCAAAUUCUUCCUUCACUAUUACGAAUUUCACUUCAAUCAUCAUCAUCAACAUCUUAUGCAGCGGAAAACGUGUUCAACUAUUUCAAACAAGUUCGUCAAACUUUGAUCAAUUUCAAUGGCGGAACCGAAGAAGAUAAUAAUUGACACGGAUCCUGGCAUCGAUGAUGCUAUGGCGAUAUUUCUGGCUUUGAGGUCACCAGAAGUUAAUGUGAUUGGGCUUACAACUAUUUAUGGCAAUGUUUACACCACUCUUGCCACUAGAAAUGCAUUACAUUUGUUGGAGGUUGCUGGAAGAACAGAUAUCCCUGUUGCGGAAGGAUCUCAUGUUAGUUAUGUGAAAGCAACGAAGCUUCGAGUUGCAGACUUUGUUCACGGGGUAGACGGGCUCGGAAACCAGAACUUCCCGCAGCCGAAGUCAAAACCAAUAGAAAAAUCAGCAGCAGAAUAUUUGGUGGAGCAAGCUCGUCUUUACCCCGGAGAAAUCACUUUGGUCGCAUUGGGUCCCCUUACCAACAUCGCCUUGGCCAUUGAACUCGACCCCGCCUUCACCAAAAACAUUGGACAGAUUGUUCUUCUUGGUGGUGCGUUUUUAGUAAACGGGAAUGUGAAUCCAGCUAGCGAGGCUAAUAUUUUUGGUGAUCCGGAAGCUGCUGAUAUUGUGUUUACUUGCGGUGCUGAUGUGUUGGCUAUUGGGCUCAAUGUUACUCAUCAAGUUAUUCUUACAGAUCAUGAUCGUGACAUCUUGGCAGAAUCAGAUGGAAUAUUUGCCAAGUAUUUGAGCAAGAUCCUGGAAUUUUACUUUUCUUAUCAUCGCGAUGCAUACAACAUGAAAGGUGUAUACCUUCAUGACCCGACAACGAUUCUUGCAGCUGUGAAUCCUUCAUUAAUGACAUACACGGAAGGUGUUGUCAGAGUCCAGACAACUGGUAUCACAAGGGGCCUAUCGUUGUUUUUCAACAAACAGAAAAGGUUUAACGAAGAGACUGAAUGGUGCAACAAGCCGACGGUGAAGGUGGCAGUUACUGUGGACGCUCCCGAGGUAGUUAAAUUGGUUAUGGAACGUCUUAUGUAUUGAUAAUUAACAUCCCCAGCUCUCUAUUUCAAAGCCUCUGUUUCUGAAGAGGAACCCUAAAGGUUCAAAAAUGAUAUAUUUUCUGUAUUUGUUUUAUUGAUCAUUAGCAGCAAGUAAUAAUGUUUCACUUUCCUUUUCAC